AUGCGUAAUUUAAAGCUUGCCACUCGCGAUGGCUGCCCUAUGUCAGACCCAAGAGGAGAUUUGUCUGACUACCCUGAGCAAUUGCUCAUCGCAUGUACAGCCUCGAAGCAUUCUCCAAUUUCUCUCGCCAUUGCUGCCCAAUUUGGGGAUCCUCUUCUGCAUCCCCCCCAAACUCGUCCAUACUGGAAGGAUUGGGGCGAUGCAUGCCCAUCUUUCUUUUUGACACCAGAUAGCCUCCAUCAGUGGCACAAGUUUUACUUUGACCACCCCGUCAACUGGUCGAUAAACAUCAUGGGAGGAGCAGAACUCAAUCAUCGAUUAUCGGCUCUUCAACCUCGUGUAGGAGUGCGUCAUUGGGCAAAUGGCAUAUCCAUGCUGAAGCAGCUCACUGGUUGUGAACAUCAAGACCUUGAGAAGCUCCUUCCCGGCAUGAUCGUUGGUGCUGUCUCAGAUGAAGUUGCAUCACAGAACCUCUUCCUCUAUGACAAGACUCUACACUCUUUAUCGGAAGCCCUACAUGAAUUUCACUACUACAAGGACUUCAUUUUAACAGCGGGUGGCCGCCGUGGCAAGAACGGUCCCCUCAAUCACUUCCAGAUCCCCAAGCUAGAGCUAAUGCAGCAUGUUGUCCGGAGUACUCGAGCCAUGGGUGCUCCAUAUCAGUGGAGCAGCAAUAUCACUGAGCAUUGUCACAUCACUCAUGUAAAACAACCUUACUGCCUGUCCAAUCACAAGGAUUUCCAUGGUCAGUGCUGCCACUUCCUCAACUGGCAGGAAAAACUUCAUUUUUUUCAGCUUUACAUGGUUCUGAAGUCGCGGCAGGGAAGCAAACAUGAUGGUGCUUCACUAUCUUGA